CGCAUCCCACCACGCCCUACUUCACCGUAAACCCCCGCCCCAUCCCUGCUCCAAUCGCGACCAAUCCCUCUUGAAACUCGCCAAAAUGAAACUCAUCACCCUCAACUUCGUGACCUGCGCCCUAAAAUCCUGCAAAUCCUCCCCCGCCUCCUUCCCCCUGCACCCGCGCGACGCAACUCUCGAAGUCAUCGAGACAGACCUCAACCUCGCGUUUCUCAAGAACAUUCUCCCGCGGCUGGAGUGGAACGAGCUGUGUGUCAUAACGGCCGAGCUCGGCCUCCCCCCUCUCCCUUCCUCGCCGCCGACGCGCGAGGACCUCGUCGUUAAGCCAGAAGGAGAAGUCGCCGAAGGUGCAGAGGCCGAGGAGGAAGCGAGUCAGACGGCGAAAGAUUUGCACCGGGUGCUGCUCGAGACGACGGUCAAGGAGGGGAAGCUGGUGUGUGGGAACUGCGGGCACGAGUACAAGGUCAUGGAGGGUGUGCCGAACUUUUUGCUGCCGGGGCAUUUGGUCUAGGGUGGGAACGAUGCAGGACAAGGUAUUAAAAAAAAAGGUCAGAGGCGCGCUUGAGAGGCUGGCAGAAGCAAGGGAAGGAAGAUGUGAAACAGGAGAGGACGACAAGGGAAAGAGAAGGCAGCGGCGGACGCAGCUGUUUGGAACGAGGAAAUGCUGGCGGAUGCACUCGCGAAGAGCGAGGAUGAUAUGAUACCCUUUGAUGCAUAGACCGGAGUUACGGGUCCUGGGAAGUUUCCCUUUGUACCGCAAAAGCUAGGAUAGAAAAGCACUGCCGCACACGUAAAAAUGUCUCAGCAUCCAAUCUUCAGC